CUCCCACACGGACAGUCCGACACCGCGCCGCUUCGCUCUCCACUCGCGUUCGCCUCGCUCUCCACUCCAGUGGACACUGACGGAGACGGUCGGCGCCUCCUCGCUCCAGAGCUCCUCGCCAGUCGCCGGCGGCCUCCAUCCUCUUGCCUUCCUCCCUUCUUCUCCCCUUCCGGUGGCCUCUUGACCCACCCAUGGCCGGCACUAGCACACGGCACGGCUCUGUCUGGUGCUCCGGAUCCGGAUCUAGCACUGAUUCGAGUCCGUCGAGGAACCAGCGACAGAGUUCGGUGCGUCAAUGUUGUCGCCGGCGAUUCUGGUGCUCCGGUUGCGAAGCCGUUGAGGGACCAGAGCGCCGCCGACGACCGAUGGCCGACUCUGAGGAAGUGUGUGGAGAGGUGGACGCAAAUGAGGAGAGGCGGAUGUGUGGACUGGCAGGAGAUGACGACGAGGAUGACCUGCGCGAAGACGCAGAGGCCCUGUUCGGUCGUAGCUUUCAAGCUCCCGUGGUGGUCGGCGACGGCGAUGAUCAGGCUGCAAACCCUGACCCAGAGGCAGAGGGGGGGGAGAACAAUAGCGUCAAGCGCAAACGUCCCUGUACCUCUGUUGUCUGGGAGGACUACAAGAAACUUUUCAAAGUCGUCAAUGGUAAGAAGGUCAGGUAUGCUGCUAAGUGUAUUCACUGUAACAAGGAGUACUCUGCUCUCUCUACUGGUGGCACUGGUCACCUAGCUCGGCAUAGAGAGAAAUGUGUGAAGAGGCGUGAAAAAUGCCGUAUGUCUCAGUCUCAAAUCUCUUUUAACCCUGAUGGUUCUAUGCGUAAUUGGGAGUACUGUCCUAUCCGUGCUCGUACUGCACUUGUUAAAUUGCUUGCUAGACUUGAUGUGCCUAUCUGUAUGGGUGAAUCUGAUAUUUUUGAAGAAUACAUUAGAGAUGCUCACAACCCUAAAUUUGUACCUGUUUCUAGACAAACUACAACUAGGGAUAUUCAGAAGUACUUUGGUGAUAAUAAGGCUAAGCUUGUUACUUUGUUGAGUUCAUCUACUGUUAACUCUGUUUCUAUCACAUCUGAUAUUUGGUCUGGUAAUGCUAAGCAAGAUUAUCUUUCUGUUGUUGCUCACUAUAUUAACUCUGACUGGCAAAUGGAAAAAAGAGUACUAGGUCUUAGGCUAAUUGAUUGUUCCCACAGUGGACAAAACAUAGCUGAGCGUGUUGCAAUUGUUCUUGCUGAAUAUGGUUUAACCGAAAAGGUGUUUUCUGUUACUUUGGACAAUGCAUCAUCUAAUGUUAAAGCAAUGCAAAAGCUUAGGCCUGUACUGUCUAAAUACCUUGGUAUUGAAGUUCCUCCUGAGAAUCCUGAUAACUCUGAUGAGACAGAGGAUCUAGUUAACUCUAUGUUCCUACAUCAGCGUUGUGCAUGUCAUAUCAUUAAUCUGAUUGUUAAAGAAGCCCUUACAGAUCUUAAGCCUUUGAUUGAAUUGUUUAGACAUGCUAUAUCUUGGAUGAACUCAUCUAAUCAGAGGAUUGCUGGUUAUAGUAGUUUCUGUACUGCUACAAAUGUUAGGCCUAGAAUGUUUCAGUUGGACAUGGAUGUGAGAUGGAAUUCAACUUAUCUGAUGCUUAAGCAUUUGUUUCCCCAUAAAGAGACAUUCACUACUUUUAUGAUAGCUAACUAUCCUAGGUCUGAAACUGGCCAGCUAGUUGUGACUGAUGAGCAUUGGUUAAUGGCUGAAAAGGUUUUACAAUUUCUUGAGUUAUUUUAUGAUUCAACUGUUGCUUUAUCUGGUGUGUACUAUCCUACUGCUCCACUCAUGCUUCAUUAUCUUGUUAAGAUUGCUAUACACUUCAAGAAUUAUGCUAAUGAUGUUCAUAUUGGAUCUGUAGUUCAACCUAUGGUAGACAAAUAUAACAAGUAUUGGAGGAAGAUACCUUUGCUUUACUCUUUUGCAUUUAUAUUGGAUCCUAGAGCUAAAAUGAAAGGUUUUACUAGAGUUCUUAGGAGGUUAAAGAAUCUAACUAAUACAGAUUACAGUGUUUACUUGGUUACCACUAGAGCUCGUCUUACUGAUGUUUAUAACAAGUAUGAAGAAAAAUAUGGUGCUGUUAGGCUGAGGAGGACUGCCCCUAUUAACCUGUCUGGUAAGAAAAGGUCUGCUUGGGAUGAAAUAUAUGAUGAUGAUGAUUGUGGGGGUUCUCCAAGUGGUAUGAUGCAUCCUUUAUCUACUCUAACCAUGUCUAGAGAUACUUCUGCAACUGCACUGCUGCAGGCUGCAAGUUCAUCAGCUUCUAAUGCCUCUGAACUGGUUUCCUAUUUGGACUGUGACACUGUGACCCAGCUAGAUGAUGAGUUUAACAUACUUAACUGGUGGCAUCAGCACAAGCUUACUUAUCCUAUUCUUUCUAUCAUGGCAAAAGAUAUUCUUAAUGUUCCUGUGUCUACCAUCUCUUCAGAAUCUACCUUUAGUAUGACUGGCAGGAUCAUCGAGGAGCGGCGGAGGAAGCUAAAGCCUGAGAUGGUGGAGAUGUUGACCUGCAUCAAGGACUGGGAGGCAGCAGAAGCAAAAUUGCAACACCAGGUGGAGGACAAGGAACUUGAAGAAGCAUUUGAGAACCUUUAUCUUGAUUAAGUAUCAUUGUCAUUGAUGUAAUGUGGGGCUGUAAUAUUUUGUGAACUUAGACAUGGCUAGACUUGAUGAAUGAAUGAACUUGUAGUGGAGCUCGGCUGUACUCUUUUCCUGCCUAGGGUUUCUCACAAGGGUGAGUUUUACCUAGGUGGGUUUUUAAUGAGGCAGCCAUUGCACUAAAGCUCCC